AUGACCUCAGGCAGCGGGACGAUGUUUGCGCUACAUCGUCUUACUACAUUAUCUGCUUUCGGUAGAUGUUUUCAAGCUUUUGACGGAGCCAGAAGUUUAUCGUUAGGAAUCCAAAACUCAAGCAAGAUCAAUUCUGUUAAGAGUUAUCUGAAAAAUAUUGAGAAAAACGAAAUGAUACUUAGUAUCGAAAAGAAAGAAUAUGAAAAUGGAAGAAAGUUCCUUGCUCAAAUUAUGGGUUAUGACCCUGUCCAUUUCACACCUGAGCAGGUCAAUGAGGCUAUUGAGUAUCUGCUUCCGUCCUCGUUGUAUGCUAAACGUGCACGUCCUGUCUUUAAAGAACCACACCUAGUGUUUCCACCGCAAAAGCAAUUGCAGUGUGAUGUAAAUGGCAGACCACUUAAUAGUUACUUUUACACGACACACCAAAACUUCCACAAAAUCAUGAACGAAGCGAUUUACAAACUGGAAGAAAUAAAACUUCACUCCGAUCAGUCUUAUUUUAACAGGACGACUGUUAAACCCACAUUGAAAGAAGUACAUUAUGCGACGUCAAGCGACUUUAUGUCGAAAAUAAAUCUCAUGAAAAUGAUUAACGAAACCAUAUCGGAUGCACAGUAUAAACAGUGGUUAGUUUUAAUGAAGCGUUUAUCAGAACACCCAUUGUCGUAUUUGGUGGAAGAAUUUAUUCAGCAUUACAAAGCCCAAAUAUGCGGUCCUACUUCAGAAAUUAAACUUCCCGAGCCAUUUAUGGACUCAGUAACAAACAGAAAAUGUGUCCAAGCAUUCGGUCAAAAGAAAAACUCGCUUGCUGAAGUAACACUAUACAUACCUGGCACUGGUGACUUCACUGUAAACGGAGCACGACUUCUAGAAAUAUUUCCUGAGCUUGGAAAUCGAGAACAAAUAGUAUUCCCUUUACAGCAAACAAAUACUGUUGGUAAAGUAGACAUAAUUGCUACAGUAAGCGGGGACGGUUCGAGCAGUUUAGCGAAUGCUCUUCGUUUGGCGAUAGCCAGGUGUUUGGCCUCAAUGCUUCCGAUAGAUCAGGGGAAAAAUAGACUAUUGGUAACUGGUUUAUUGUCUCAGGAUAACCGGUUUGCGGAACGUAAACAACCAGGCCAAAGAAAAGCACGCAAGAAGCCUAUUUGGAAGGCACGCUAA